AUGAUGAGCGCUCCGGGUCAUGAGGCGGGGCCUCUGACUGCGUGGGCCACUGGAACAGUCCUGCAGCUUCAGCAGAAAAGCUGCAGGAACACAGCCAGUUUUUCAGUAGUCUGUGUGGAGCUCAUGGGGCCUUCAGCCUCCCUCCUCUUCCUCCCUUUGGCCUUUCUCUCCUCUGGCAGCGUGUCCGGCAUCACCUUAGUCCAUCACAUGUCACAGCUGAUGAUUCCACAGAGGGAGUCCUUCCCGUUUGACCAGCAGUUCAACAUUUUGAUGAGGUUUAUCGUGGACCAGACUCAGACUCCAAACCUCAAGGUGAAGGUGGCCAUCCUGAAGUACAUCGAGUCCCUGGCUCGCCAGAUGGACCCCACAGAUUUCGUGAACUCCAGCGAGACGCGGCUGGCGGUGUCCCGCAUCAUCACCUGGACCACAGAGCCCAAAAGCUCAGACGUCAGGAAGCGAGACAGUCCUAUUUUAAACUGCAGCUUCCUGUCAGAAAAAGUUAGUGUGUCCUGCCCAGAGCUGGCCCGGAGCACCGUCUCCCCCAGAUCUGUUUCUGGAGCUGACGCACAGCUUCUUCUGCUUUUACUGCUGUCGGUGCGGAGCAAACGAGGCAUCUGUGAGAGGGCCCUCGCUCAGGUGUCACGCAGAUUCAUGGGGGGUUGCGCCCGGCUACGUCAGCAGCCCUCUGCUCCCCCUGAGCCCGCCGCAGUCCGCCGCCAGUCGCUGACGCCUCUUCAGGCUCGAGCAUACGCGCGUGCAUCCACGCCGGGACCCCUAACCGCCGGUCAGCGGAGAGACAGCGGCGCCGUGCCGCUCCAUAUCGCGCCAAACCGCUCCGUGCCGCGCCACAGGCUCUGGACGGACACCAGCGGGGAGCUGGGCUCCGCCAUCGGCGGGGCCAAGAUCGCCUUUUACGUGGGCCUAAAGAACCCUCACGAGGGAUACGAGGUGUUGCGGUUCGAUGACGUCGUCACGAACCUGGGGAACCACUACGACUCCACGACCGGCAAGUUCACGUGCCAGGUGUCCGGGAUCUACUACUUCACCUACCACGUGCUGAUGCGCGGAGGGGACGGGACGAGCAUGUGGGCAGACCUGUGCAAAAAUGGGCAGGUCCGGGCCAGCGCCAUAGCGCAGGACGCAGACCAGAACUACGACUACGCCAGCAACAGCGUGGUCCUGCAUCUGGACUCCGGGGAUGAGAUCUACGUGAAGCUGGACGGCGGGAAGGCGCACGGCGGGAACAACAACAAGUACAGCACGUUCUCCGGCUUCCUUCUCUACCCAGACUGACGCACGACCGGAUCCAGAACCGGCUCCGACGGAAUCCACGGACGGCUCCUGAAAGAGAGGAUAACCUUAUAUGAGUUCAAAAGUUUUGUUAGGGGUAAUCUAGAUUUCCUCUCUUCACGUCAGGUUUUAGGACCAAAUAAUCCCACACAGCUCCAGCCGUGUGGAUUUUCCUUUGGGAGCAGCUGACACGUUUUAGGGCUGUUCUUUGAGAGUAGGCUCAUUAAAGCGUGUGCACGCUGGGGGAGCAGCGUGUGUCACGGGCAGAGGUGAGGUGUGUUGUUGGUGGUGUGUUGACCUGAAAACGUUGUUGUGGACAUAACUGUGGCAUGUGUGACUUAUACUCCCCUAUGUAUGCAUGUGUGUGUAUUUACUCUAA